UCGGAACUGGGAAGUCCGACCCGGAAGCGUGCCGUGAAGGUAGUCAAGUCCUGGUCCUGGUCCUGUGGACGGACCAUUCAGGCUGUCAAGUAACGUGAAUCUGUUAAAAAAUGAGUAAGAGGAAAGGUAAAGUGGUCUGUGAUGAGACCGCUCUGAAGCUCUGCCGACUGACAGCUGUGAGGACUGAAACUGAUCCAGAUGAGCAGAACCGUCAGGGUCCAACUUCAGACAGCCUCUCUCACUCUGUUUCAGGAGACAUUGGAUUCAUUGAGAGCAUAACUCUGAAAAACUUUAUGUGCCACCAUUCUCUGGGUCCGUUCCAGUUUGGACCCAAUGUGAACUUCAUCGUAGGCAACAAUGGAAGUGGGAAAAGUGCCAUCCUCACUGCCCUGAUUGUAGGUCUGGGUGGAAAGGCUACAGUGACAAACAGAGGGGUGUCUCUCAAGGAUUUUGUGAAAGCUGGUGAAAAUUCUGCAGAUAUAACCGUCAAGUUAAGAAACAAAGGACCAGACGCCUUCAAAAAGGGACUUUACGGGGACUACAUCUCUGUGGAGCAACGCAUCUUCAGUGAUGGAUCCCGGAUCUACAAGUUGAAGAACAAAUCUGGUCAAAUUGUGUCAAACAAGAAGGAAGAAUUAACAGCCAUUCUGGACCAUUUUAACAUCCAGCUGGACAACCCAGUUUCCAUCCUCAGCCAAGAAAUGAGCAAACAGUUCCUGCAUUCCAAAAAUGAAUCGGACAAAUAUAAGUUCUUCAUGAAAGCAACGCUGCUGGAGCAGAUGAAGAGAGAUUACAUCCACAUUAAACACACAGAGACAAUCACUCGUCAGCAGGUGGAGAGACAGGAGGAGUGUCUGAAGGACUUGAAGCAGGAGUUUCUACAGAAGAAGGAGCGAUAUGAAAAUCUGUCCUCUUACAGUGAGCUGAAGGAGGCUUUAGAAAACAUGAAAACAAAAAUGGCAUGGGCUUUGGUUACAGAGAAGGAGCAGUCCAUACAGCAGCUGAAGGAGGACACAGAGAGAGAAGAAGCUAAUAACAAACAUCAGGACAACCUUCGUCUCUGUCAGACCAAGGUUGUACAAGUAGAGAAGAAGCUGCAGCUUAUCAAAAAGAAAAGCGACACGCUAAAAGAACAGCAAAAGACUCUUACAGAAGACAAUCUGAAGUUGAAACAACAAGUGAAAAGCAUUAGCAAAGCUCACAAGGAACAGGAGCUUGUUUAUGUUCGGGCUCUGAACAAACUGAAACAGACCAAACGAGAGCAAACCUUUCUUCAGGAGAAAAUAAACAAGGCCAAAACAAGUGAGAUUUCGAAGAGCGGAGACAACAAGCGCACAAAACAUCAACUGAGAUUAUGUGAUUUAAGAGAGCAGCUUGCAGAGCUUCAAACUAAAUGCUCACAGCUGAAUGAAGAAAUCAAGAAGAAACAUCAGGCGCUUCUUAAAGGAAAGGAAGAACGUGGCAAGUUGAGUUUGCUGGAGUCAGAACUGGAAAAUCUUCAGGCUCAGCUGUCCAGAUUUCAGCUGCAGGUGAACUCUGUCACUGAGGAUAUCGUAAGCAUGGAGAACAGCCUAAAUAACACCAUCAAGACCCUGAAGAAGACUCAG